UCUCUCUCUCUCUCUCUGUCUCGGGUCGAUCAUGACGACGGACUGCGGCAACCACGAGGAGCAGAAACGGCACAAGGUGUAUCGCCGCCUGUUCGCGGCCUUCCUGCUGCUGAUCAUCCUCGUCCUCUUCGUCGUGCUCAUCGUCUGGCUUGUCCUCCGCCCCACGAAGCCCAAGUUCUACCUCCAGGACGCCUCCGUCGCCCAGUUCAACCUCUCCUCCGGCGAUGGCACCCUGACCGCCGUCCUCCAGGUCACCCUCGCCUCCCGCAACCCCAACGACCGCAUCGGCGUCUACUACGACCGCGUCGACGCCUUCGCCCUCUACAAGGCCCAGCAGGUCACCGCCACCACCGCCCUCCCACCCGGCUACCAGGGCCACAACGACGUCACCGUCUGGUCUCCCUACCUCUACGGCGCCGCCGUCCCUCUCGGCCCCUACCUCGCCGACGCCCUCUCCCAGGACCAGAACGCCGGCUACAUCCUCCUCUACAUCCGCGUCAUCGGCAGCCUCCGGUGGAAGGUCGGCACGUGGAUCUCCGGCCAUUACCACCUCCAGGUCAACUGCCCCGUCUUCCUUACCGUCGACAGCGGCAGGUCCCACGGCGGCGACCCAUCCACGCCCUACCUCCGCUUCCAGCACAUGACCGCCUGCAGCGUGGACGUCUGAGGCCGUGCCCUACGUGGCCAUGAGCGUUGACGGAGACGUCCACAUGCAACCCCCUUCCUUGUCGCCUUCAAUCUAAUCUCCAUUUUGACGCCGUUGGCGACGGUCUCUGUAUGCUUUGUCGUGAUCCAAGUACAAUAAUAGAUGGCACAUAUUAUUAUUAUUAUUA